CAAGUCAAAAGCGUUGAUUGAAAACAUCCAGCAUCACCUCAUAGUCACUUUUGGCGAAGGACCUGAGACCUGUGGCUACCAAAACAACUAAAGGAGGGGAAUGAUGGACAGACGGAGACAGUGAACGAGUGAACCGGUGAGAGGUGAACCCUGCUGCUCGUCUCUCUCUUUCUUACCAGCGAUAACCUUCCUCCAUUCCCAGUACAUGGCGAGUACAUGCUCCCCCACCUCAGCCCCCCAACACGAUGCCGCUACUUUGACGUGGCCAUCGGUCGACUUUCCGCGAGGGAAGGAAGGAGAAAGAAGUAACGGUUCGAUCGUCUGCUGAGGUCACGUGACUUGUAGACACGCCCCACGUGGUCUCGUGGACUGGCUGCGAGCGCCUGUCGUCUGCUGGCUGCCGCCGCGCCGCGUGUAAACGUCGUAGUAGUCGUAGUACGCACGCACAGCGCGCGCCGCCGCCACCCGCCCUCACCCUCCCCUACCCUCCCCUGAGUGGUGUGGAAACUGGGCCACUCGCCGCCGCUCGUCAUCAUGAAUAAUUCAGCAGCAUCGCCGGAAUCGUCUCCACACGGGGGAGGGAGCAACACACCCGCUACGACAGCGACCUCAGCGCCGGCCGACUUCGUAAACACGAAGCUAUGACGUCGCGCGAUCGAUUCACGCAAAUCUCCUUAUAUGGAAGAAAUCGUUUGCGCUGCGCCCUCGGAAGAUUCACGAAGCUGGUGACGGCCAGCCAAUGAGAAGAGCCGGGAGUUGCUCCGUCCAGUCACGUUGAUUGUUGUGUAGUUCGAAUGAAUGAAGUUGUUCACGGAAGCAUGCGAGCAGUCGAAACACGCACGUUGUGUUGUGAACUGAAGGCCAAAGACAAGAUUGACAAUGCCAAGAGUCGUGUCCAACCAAAGGGCGAAGUUUGAAAACGACGAAAUUUUUAGAAAACUCAGUCGAGAAUGCGAGGUGAGGUACACGGGGUUCCGAGACCGACCCCUGGAUGAGAGACAAUUACGAUUCCAGACAGAGUGUCGGGAGGGUCACGCAGACCUGGCCUUCGUGGCGACUGGCACCAACCUCCAGCUGCAGUUCGCCGCCAACGCCUGGUCUGACCGUGCAGAAGAUCGGGUAUCUACCCGGGAGUUCGUCAACUUCGACAGAGAGCCGGGCAAGGUCCACUUGAAAUCCCAGUUUAUUCUGAACGGUGUUUGUGUGGUUUGGAGGGGAUGGAUAGACCUCGUUCGCUUAGAUGGCAUUGGAUGUCUUGAGUUUGAUGAUGAGAGAGCAGAGGCUGAAGAUGCCUUGCUACGAGAACAGAUUGAAGAAUACAACAGACGGCUGAGAGAGUUUGAGGAGCGACAGCGACAGUACCGACAAGAACAGGAGCGCCAAGCCGAGUCAGAGGCAGAGAGGCUGGUUCACGCAUUGCGCAGUGCAGACAUGGGCGUGGCACCCGCCUCCUCGCCAGGUGAUGAGCCAUUUUGUCCUCCUCUCAUGGCGGGCUCUUUCGGCACACCCGUCACCCGGCCUCACCUGUCUGUCAUGAAGGCUCCUCUCAGCGAAGUCCGCACCCCAGCCCUGGUGAAGGACGUUCACACGCCGACUGACCUUGACCUCACAAAGGCACCGCGCCCCGUUUACUUAUAUUGAUGUACAUAAGCCGCGUCAUCACCGUCUCCAGGACAACCUGCAAGCUUCUUGUUCCUGCCAGAGUCCAGCGCGUACACGGCGCUGCCACCCGGGAUGUUAGGCUCCAAGGGCGCGCAUGGCAAGACGAGAGAGAGGGCGCACGAGGAACUCAAGCUUGUCGCCUGCCGGCCUCUCGAGGUUUCAACAUGGAGUCAGGACUUUUGCGAAGCGAACAAACUGUGGGGGGCCUGGGAUCACUUCUAGCUUGGGAUGGGAGGGGCACUGGUGGGAGGGGGAAGCAUUAGGAGCGCGCACAGGGGAUGGAGAAAGUGUUCUGAACUUGAAUGGCAAAGCGUCCUGACCCACGUUUGAUCAUUGUGAUCAGUGUGUUUGUUGUUUGUUAAGUCAUGACAUGUUUAUUGGUGUUUGCAUUUGUUGUUUAUGGGCGGUCCAGUCGAGGGUUAGCUUGGACAAGUGUUUAGCGAGACGUACAGUGGAGCGUGCAGUGCAAGCUGACGUGCUGUGUGCGGGAGGUGAGUGCAAGCUAAGGCAGCAUGUACAACAUUGACUACAGCACAAGGAUGAUGGCUGCAAUGUGCAAUACGCCCUGACCAGGUCACUUCUAGUCAAAAUACUGCGUGUGAUUGUAUACAAGCGAUACAUUGAAACUGAUGUCGUGAAUGAGAGACUUUUGUAGAUAUAUUUUUGUAAACGGUCUACGUUGUGAUGUAAUAACAUUGCUGUCAAGUGGAAAUGAAGGAGAUUAAAGGAUGGCCAUGCCUCAAGAAGGCUGAGAACACCUGUCAUAAGCA